AGCACACUGUCUCCCAUCCUCAGCUUUUGGAGUAUUUUUUUUUUUUGCUUCACCCUCCUCUCUGUCACUCUUUCUGCAUCUUUCUCUACUUCCUCUUCUCUCUACACGGGUUGAGUUCAGAGGCUGAAGAGGAGGUGAGCGAGGUAGACAGAGGCUGACCCCUCUCCCUGCCUCCUUUCUCACACCCGCAGGGCCCAGAAAAGAGAAAGAGAGCGUGCGCGAGAGAGAGAGCUGGAGCAGGGAGUCGUCUGAUGACUUACAUUAACAACAAACUCCUUAACCCAGCCGACCGCAGCCCAUUCCCUCUGCCCGACCCCCCCCUCCCUGCCUCCUUUAACCCGGAGUCUUACUCUCUGAGUCAGUGGAGGAGGGAUCCAGGAUCAUGUUCGGAUUAAAGACCCCACACUUCUACCUCCCAGGUAUGAACCAUGAGUCCAAUAAGUCACCAUCAUUAGGAAUGAUCUCCACGGCGAGUCGCACCACGGCUACAGUCAGUCCCCUCAGUCCACUAACCAAUGGGAACGCAGUUGCCCAGUCUGCAAACUCUGGAUUUGCUGCUGCCCUUCGUAAACUGGCCAAACAGGCAGAGGACCCCAGAGGUUCUGCCCUCAGCGGUGAAUCGUCUCCCGUCUCUUCCCCGGCCACCAGCCACAGCUCGCCGGUUACCACCCCUAAGCGGGGCUCUUUAGGGCCCCUCCUGGGCCAGAACAGGGGCCGCAGUGUCCCCAGCACACCUCCAGUAGUCACCAUUGCCCCCACAAAGACAAGCAACGGCCUGUGGAGGGCCGACGGAAGACAGGUGGAGCCGAGUGUUCAGGGUCUCAGCAGGGAGCGGGUGGGAGCUGAGAACCCCCAGCCACAGCAGGAUAAGAGGACUCCUCCCAUCUCUUCACCUCACCCCCUGGCUCACUCCUUUGGCCUCACACCAAGCAGCAUCAUGCAAGACCCCCGAAUGCAGAGCAUUAGUUUGCCGGGGCAGAUGCACCCCGUAGUGCCCUCAGGUGCCGUUCCAGAGGAGUACCUGAGAGCACUCCGGCCGUUCGCCACCUCAGAUGACCUCCGUCUGAGCUCUCUGCCCCUGAGCCUCGACCCGGCCGCUGCAGCCCACGCCGCCGUCGCCGCUUACUAUCAUCCAGCCUACUUGCACCACCCUCUGUCCUUACCGAGGAUGGAGGAGUCUCUGUGUCUUUCUGCACUGCGAUCACAGUUCUACUCUGUGCCUGCAGGGGGUGCCUUCCCUCCACUGCACCCCUCUGCCCUCCACUUACACCUGCCUGGAGGCCGCUACCCUGCAGACCUAAACCACACAGCCUUAUCUGAGAGGCUACAGAUGGAGAACGAGCUCCGCCAGCGAGAGAGAGAGCAAGAGCGUGAACGAGAGAAAGAGAGAGAGCGAGAGGCCGGGCUGGAACGAGAGCGGGAAAGAGAGAGGGAGCGAGAGGAGGAGAGGGAGCGUGAGAGAGAGCUGGAAAGACAGAAGGAGAGGCAGAGGGAGAGACAGCAGCAGAUGGUCAGAGCGGCGGAGGGCCACUACCUGGCUGAGCUGCAUGCUCGGAGGGCACCACCGGAGGACAGGGCCAGGCCAGGAGAAAGGCUGACCCCGAACAGACUGGUUUCUCCAGAUAAAUCCAAGGACUCCGAACACCCAGGUUUUUCAGCACCUAAGCCUCUGCAGCCUAGCAUUCACUCCUCCAGGGGCUCUGUGCCAUACCCAGUGCCCAGCUUGUUGCCUUCUCACCUGGGGAAACAUCAUGCUGGUGCUGUUGGUGGGAUCCAUGGAGCUCUUUCCGCCAGCAUGAUGAGUCAGAGAGCCAGCGAGGAGGCGUGGUUAACACAACAGCGAGCACAAGGACAGGACAGGGAGCUUGGCCUCAGGUCACCGGGGAAAGGGGUGGAACCGAGGAGAGACGGCAGCCGCAGUACCGGUUCAGUCUAUCACAACCCAGGCAGCAAAGAUGUCGCAGCCUGCCUCGGCGCUCCACCGCCGCUAAUCUCCCCAAAAGCUCCUCAUCAACCUCCUGCCCCUGCCACUACACUGUGGAACCCAGCUUCUCUUGUUGACGCACCUGCAGACUCCCGCAGAAAACUAAACGCCCCAACGCCACCGAGUCGACCGCCACCGGGAUUGACCAGAGCCGAGAGACCGCCUGCGGCAUGGGGGGAGAGGCUGGAAGAGGGCAACAGGAGGAUGGCAAAAAGCCCAGAAAGGUUCGCCUCACUCAGGGGAGCAAGUUUACAGGAGUGCUGGAACAAGAGUGAGCAGGACAGAGCCAUCCAGAGCCUCUACCACCGGCAUCACAUCAAUAACCUCCACCAGCGAUCCUUUAUGCCUCCGUCUAUCUCCAGUGGAGCCUGCACUGACCUAGGGGGACGGUGCCAGGCUGCUUCUCCGCCAGCGGUAAGGGAGCGACCGCAUCAGGUGCCUGACAGCAUGAUGGUGUACGAUGAGGUUCUCCAGCAGCAUCGCAGGCUGCUCAGCAAACUCGACCUGGAAGAGAAGAGGAGGAAAGAGGCCAAAGAAGGAGGUUAUUACUAUGACCUGGAUGAGUCAUAUGAUGAGAGCGAUGAGGAGGAGGUGAAAGCUCAUCUGAGAAGAGUGACAGAACAGCCCCCACUCAAGCUGGACACGUCUUCAGAGAAAGUGGAUUUUCUGCGUGUGUGUGGUCUUACUACGCUGACCCAUCGCGAUGAUCUUCUGGCUCAGAAGAGGAGGAAGAGGAGGAGGAUGAUGAAAGAGCGCAGCGUCUCUCCUCCGGCUGUGCAGGGCAAGAAAAAGGCCUGCUCAUCUUCAACAUCUUCAACACCCACAACUCCCUUAACUACUCCGUACUCUGCCGAGCAGAUGGACUGCACCCCCGAACUGGAGAAGAAAAAAGACUUCCUCCUUAUGUUCAACCUCUCGCACGUCAGCCCACAGCAGAGGAGAGAUAAAGAGAGAACAGAAGAGCUGCUGAAGGCCAUUCAGAGGAAGACUGUGACGUUAGACACACUCAGAUAUAAUCCUUUACCACUGUGCAGAAGUCCUCCGGCUCCCUCCACUGGUGACUCCUUCUCAGCACCUCUGCCGUGUCCGUCAAAUGGACACCUGUACCCAGACUCUCCCAGCCCCUCCCCUCCCUAUCUUAGCAAACAUAAACACCUUCAUAACGACGCGCACAAACCACCUGUAGACUCCACGGUGACUCGGCUCCCUCCUCCCUUGGCCCCACAUCAUGAAAAGGUUGAAUUCGUGGAGACACAAUCGAACAGGAAGCGCCAGGGCCUCCAGAACGGCGCUGGCACUGGCGCUGCUGCUGCUCAGAAAAAGGAGCCCAGUCAAGUGCAGAAUGGGCGGAAUCGACCCUUGGAGCGGUUCACCCCUGAGGCCUUCGCUCAGCACUUCCAUCAGGCUGUGCUGCAGUCCACACACAGCACACUGCAGAACAAAGGACUCUCAAAUUGUGUCCCAGAGGCCGGCGUGAAGGCCGAUCCCUCGCAGCCUCACAGCGUCUCUCAGCUGAAAAGUUCAAAUCUCAUCCAUGUCUCUCAGCGUGCACAUAUCAAUGGCCAUCACUUCCCUUCUUCUGUAGCCAACCGGGACACUCUAGCCCCACAGGAGAACCUGUCUGAGGAUGAGGAAGAGUCCGAUCAGGAAGAGGACGAAGAGGAGGAGGAGGAGGAGGAGGAGGAGGAUGUUCCAAGGAAGUGGCAGGGCAUUGAAGCUAUUUUUGAGGCCUACCAGGAGUAUGUGGACGAAUGGAGUAUAGAGAGGCAAGUCCUUCACAGUCAGUGUAAAAGACUCGAAGCACAGAACUACAAUCUGACCAGAACUGCAGAGCAGCUCUCUAUCACUAUGGGGGAGCUGGUGACUCAGAGGCAGAAAGUAAGAGAGGAGAGGGAGAGACUGCAGGCCCAGCUCGAGCACUUCAGGAGGUGUUUAACUCUACCGAACAUUCACUGGGGCAGGGGCCAAGUGAACGGGCACACGCCGAGGUGACCUCUGACACAGACUCUCCAAAGCCUCUGACAGCGGAGGAACAGUAACAAGAACGGGCUGGAGCCGGGCCACUCUCCUCACUCGAAGCACUCGACGGAGCCAACAGUUGUCUUGUUACCCUUUUUGGACAGUCAAUUCUGUCACAUGACUGGUCCCAGAUACACCUUACUACCUGCUAUAUUUGUAUCACAGUAACUGUAAUCCAUGGUGUCCAUGUAGAGCUUAAACGGUCUGAUUCUUCCCAUGGAUUUCAACAACACUGCGUAGCUACGGCAGCAUCGUUGUUAGAGUAACGCUAACCACUCCUACUUGAGUUGGCUUUCAAGUACAGCAAUGUGAAAAAGAGAGUACAACCUCUUUCAGUUCUAAGGUUUUACUUAUCAGGACAUAAUCACAAAAAUCAUCUGGUCCUUAACAGUUCAAAUGCAAUAUCAGUUGGACAAUAACAGCAGUGUGUCAGAACUAAGUACACCUCACAGUUCAGUGCUUGAAGAACCACCUUUAGGAGCAAUAACUUGAAGUAAACAUUUUCUGUAUGACUGCAGCAGUCUCUUACAUCAUUGUGGAAGAAUUUUGGCUCAGUCUACUUUACAGCGUUGCUUCAGUUCACUGGGGUUUUCUUGCAUUUGUUUAUGCAUGGCUCUCUCGAGGUCCUGCCACAGAUUUUUAGACAGGCUGAGGUCUGGACAUUGUCAGGGCCAUUGGGCCUCAUUCACUAGUAUUUAUGUAAAUUUUUGUUACACAAGCGUGUAUGAAAAAAUGUUGUUGGAAUCAUAAAUUGCGCCCAGCGCCCUUUUUUGUUUUACCAACACACGUUUGUUACUGAAUCUGAAUCCAACAGGAUUCUGCAAUCUUCAUACUGCCACAGCCCGAUUUCUCUAUAUAUGUAAAUGCAUUGACCUCAAAGCGAAGUAGAGACAGCUGUGGUGAUGUUGUUAAGACCUGCAGUGCUAAGGAAGAAAGCAGGAAAAAGUCUGACUGAAGAAACUGAAACAAGUUUGAACAACAGACUAUAAAAUAAAAAAAAAAGAAAACAGCUGAAGAAUGAGGAGCAGCUGAUCUGUCCAAGAUGAGAAACUCAAUCCUUUCUUUUUCUAAUAUCUGUGGAGAAGUGCCAAGACACUGGAUUUUAAGGAAUCAUAUCCAGCGAUACGACAGAAGUCAUUUUAAUGAAAAAAGAACAUUUAAUGUAAGAUGAGAUAAAGGGAUAUUGGAAUACAUUUAAAUUAAAAGACCUCCACCUUUUCAAUUUUUUAUUUAUUUAAUUGUAAUUCUGAUAAUCCUGAUUUUAUUAUUCGUAGUAGUAGCAGGAGCAGUAAUAAUAUUAGUAUUUAAAGACAGGUGUUUACAUUUUCUGAGACAUUUCUCUGUACACUUGGCCAGGGGCACUUCUAAAUUUCUUUAUAGACUACAAACAAGUUUGCAUAUUAAAAUAUCGAUGAAUCACAGAUUUGUGUGUAACCACUGUUUGUGAAUGAGGCCCACUGUCUUGCUGCACGACCUAAUUUCUCCAAGUUGUUCCACUAAAAUCGUGUAAUUUGUUCAGAUGCAACUUUGCAAACCUAAGCCAUGCUGCCAUGAGAGAAGAGGCUUUCUCCUGGCAACCCUUCCAAACAAGCCAUACUAGUUCAGUCUCUUUCUAACUGUACUGUCAUUAACUUUAACAUUUAACAUGCUGAAUGAGGCCUGAGAUGCAGCUCUUGGGUUUUUGCAGUUCCUCUGAGCAGUGCAGCGUUUGACCUUGGGGUAAAUUUACUGGGGCGUCCACUCCAGGGAAUGUUGGCAACUGGUUUGCAUGUAUUCCACUUGUUAAUAAUCUUUCACUUAAAAAAAAUUGAAAAUGGCCUCAUAACUCUUUUAAAACAAUUGCUUCUCAGAUCACUGCUGAUGUCUUAUCUCCUUGGCACUUUGUUAAAACACACCUGAAUGCUCCUGAGCUGCAAACUUCCAAAACUGCUUUUAUAGAGGUUCUCACACUUGCUGAUGGUCAAUCAAUCAGCCAGCACCUAGCUGCUCUUAAUUGCUAUAGAGGCAGUGAGGGUGUGCUUAGUUUUUCAUGCACUGCUUGGAAAUUCUGUUAUAGUUUUUGGUGAAAUUAAUAAUGACACGGUGUAAUGCAGCAUGCUUAUCUGAGGUUAUAGUUAAAUAAUGUUAGAACCCAGUAAGGACCAGAUCAUUUAUUAUGUGCUAAUAUGUUCAUUCUUAGAUUCGAAAGAGAGUGUGCUUUUUUUUUUUCCUUCACAAGACUGUAUGCCCAGUGUACAGUCAUAUUUUCAUAUGGAUUUAAAAUGUUUCAGUCUACACUAAAUAAAUGUAUCAGCAGGCACAUAUCUGUAGCUUCUCUGGGCAGCAAUGAGGUAAUCCGGGUGUGCAAUGAUCACCCAGUUGGACCUCAGAAAAUAAAAAUUGAGUCAAGGAAUCAAGCACACCUCAGGCCUUAAACUUGACAGGAUGCACUUGAAAUGUAAGCAGAGGGAAACUUGACCGUCCUCUGUAUUGUAUGUUGUUGCUUAGUUAUAUAUAUCUGACAGAUGAAGCGGUGUGUGUCGCUGGUAAAAGCUCUACGGAGCGUAGGGAACGUCUAAAAUGUCUAUAUAACAGCAAAUGGUAUCAAUGGCAUUUUUUUAGGUCAGAUUUUUUUAAUGGGUAAUGUCACUUGUGAUAGAUGAAGAGUUUUGUAUGCUUUAUCGGUUUAACCAUUUGUCGUGGGAAGCCAUAUGCUUUGUUUAAACUGCUGCUGGUCAGAAUGAAAAGGUUUAGAAAUUUAAGGAGACUGGCACAGUCGGUGUUACGUGACGCUAAAAUGAUUGAGAGGUGCACUGUGGAUGGAGAAACGUCAGUCAUGUACCAUUUUUUUUUUUUUUUUUGGAUGGUACACCCGGGAGUCUGUGUCUCAAAGCCCUUAACAUGACCAUAAAUGUUAGAGAGAUAAAUAAGUCAUUGAAAUGCAGAUUCUGCAUCACUUGAGCGAGGAUUUCUCGCAGUUUUUGUCCAAUUUCAACUGAAAACUACUUUCAGGAAGAGAAAAGCCAAACGAUUUAGUUCACUAUUCCAAUUCAUGUCAAAACUAAUUUAAAAAAAGACACCUGUAAUAAUUAUUUAUUGUUUUAUGCAUAACCUAAGCGACAGAAUAACAAACUAUACCUUUCACUGGUAUUUUGAUGAGACUUCUUUUUGUUUAAGACAAAAAAUAAUGUCACUUGUUCAGUUUCUAUCUACAAGCACAAGCACCGUAGCAAUCCCGCCCUCCCCUCCAGUUCACCUGACCGUCCUGCGUCACUUUUUCCGUCUCCUCUGCAAACCUGCUGUGAAAUCUUGCCUAUUUGCUUCAAUCCGUUAUGUAAUUUAUUAUUUGGGCUGUAUAAUGGCAAUGAAUUAUUUAUUAACAUACGGUAUAUUGCUGUAAAUUCGGGUGUAAAUUUACAUUAAAAUACUUGUAAA